AUGACCGACUCGACGAAGCCAGAGCUCUACCCGCAAUACUGUUUCCACCUGUCACCGACCAUCAACCGUUGGUGCCAUUUCUGGAUCACCGAUAUCUGGGCUUUGAGAAGUCAUCCGGGAUUUCGAGGCCAGGAUGUCUACUUCCACCUCAACCACCCAAUCAAAUGGGUGCGCAUCUCCGGUGUGGUAGUCGCCGUCGAGGAGCGCGAGAAAAUGCAUUUCUACACGAUUGAUGACGGCAGCGGGGAGACUCUCGAAUGUAUCGUCAAUGUCGCGCCUCGCGCAAGGCCCGGAACGGCCACUGCGGCGACGGCAGCGGAACCCGACUCCAAAUCCGACAAGACCUCGAACUCUCUUCCGGUAGUCGACGCACCCAUUGACGUAGGACACGUGCUGGAUAUCAAAGGCAGCGUCGGCACGUACCGCAAGAACAAGCAGAUCCGCGCAGAAAAGGUCGUCCACCUCCGCACGACAGAGCAGGAAGUGAUUUUCUGGGAAAAGGUCACGCAACUCAAGACGGACGUGCUGUCCAAGCCAUGGGUUUUGGACCGGCGAGAGGUGAGAAAGUGUCGGAAGGAGGAGGAGGGGCGGUCCAGCAACAGCCGUCAACACCGGGAAACCCGAGAAUCACACAGCAGAAAGCGCGUGAUAAAGACCGGACUGGAGAAGACAGAGACGCUCCGUAGGGAAAAAGACCGGGCACGGACUGGGGAACGCGAAAGCAAGAACAGGCAAGAGAGCAAGCCGCCGGUCAGGCUACCGAAGAGGGAGACAGGGCUGGAGAAAAGGAGGCCGGCCAAGCCCGUCACAAGGCUGAUUCCGGUGACGGGCAACUACGACGCUUUGGGUCUCUGA